AUGGAAAGGCAGCUGUUUCGCGCCGUGUGUCUGACCCUGCUCCUGGGCACCGUCCUGUCGUGCGUCGCGUCGGAAACAAGUGAACAGAAGCCUGCGGCAAAUUUCACAACCACCAUCCCGAAAGAGGGACUCGAGAGGGACGUGGAGCAAGUUUUUUACCUCGGACCGUCCAGCACGCUCCAGGUCAUCGACGAAACCGGGAAAGCCAAGUAUCUGCCGGAACCGAGCAUAUCCUCGGAUGAGUCUUUGGCGGAGUCGUACCCUGCCGCGUAUCGAUUUGAGAACGGAGCGUGUGAUUUCAGCAAGACAGUCGACUUCAAGGCUGCAUUUCCUGGGUACACAAAGCCGCUAUGGGUCGCUGACGAGAAAGGUUCGAGGGCGAGUGGGGAGGCGUCCUCGGGAGGGCCUGUUCGGUACACAUUUACGAAUCCGCCUGCGGAGUGUUUGUCUGGGGUUUUGAGUUUUUGUGUGCGGUUCAAGACGGUGCUGGCUGCCGGGUCGGAUUCAGCAACUAGUUCAUCGACUGCGGGGACAACGGAGGAUUCGGAGCCGUCAGGCCCUCCGGGUGAAGCGCCAGGAACUGGCGUGCCGGACACUGAGGGCACAGAGGGGGGAAUCCAAGGGCCAGGCACGGUGACACCGGGAGGAGGUGCAGGCCACGAUGGACCGGAACCCGAACUUGAAGAAGAGGGGAAGGGUGAUGGAGCGACUGGAAAAGUGGACGGUUCUGGUUCGCAUUCGGAAGCUUCUUCAACUGGCCACAAUGACGCUAGCGCGCAGCAAUCUUCGCCUACGCCAGAUCCUCAUAAAGCAAAUCAGAAAACGGAAGAAAGCCUUCCUAUGGAUCCAGAAAAAGCUGUCUCCUCCGAACCUGGCCAGGAUGGCCACGAUCUCGAGAGUGGUGAUGUUGGAGAACUCCUCGACUCUCGGUUGAGGCGCAUCAGUGAGACACCAGUAGUGAACGACGCUUUUUUGACUAUUGUGGUGCACUCCGCGGCGCGGGGCUUCACGGGUGUCCUGGAAGCACUGUCAGUUUUGCUGUUCGUCGUGGCAUCGACACUGUUGCCAAUUUCCUAA